CGUGCGCCUGGCGUCACCCUUAGGGGGCAGAUAACGGUGCGACUGGCUGCACUAUAUAAGUAGCAGUGCGCCCCCAGGAUCGCAAUUACUUCAAUUACCUCCAAUUGCCUCCCUAUUCCACGAUGGGAUCCUCUACCUCCAGACCCCAACACCUCCAAGCACCUCCUGCCAGGGACACCGAGUCAGUAGACUCCGUCUACGACGAGAAGCAUGGCGCUAGCCACAGCGCUGGCGUCUCAGAGGCAGCCAAAUACUUGCGCGAAUUGAACUUGAACACCACCAGCGAGCCAGCACCAGCGCUAGCCACCAACCCCAUCACCAUCGACGCAUUGAGCUCGUGGGAACAGGACCUCUUGUCGGACCCCAAGAACUUGUUGACCCAGCAGGCGUUGGGCAACAACGCCAUCGCAGACAUCGUCAAGAAGAGCGACGCUGCCACCAAGGCCAGAACCCAGCACUACUUCAACACCACGGUGGCCACCAUCGGCAAUCCGUUGCACUUGAACAGCCAGGCGUCGUCGGGAAGAUGCUGGAUCUUUGCCACCUCCAACGUGUUGCGUACCCACGUCAUCAAGAAGUACAACUUGAAGGACGAUGGCUUCCAGGUGUCGCAGGCUUACCUCUUUUUCUACGACAAGUUGGAGAAGACUAACUUCUUCUUGGAGCAGAUCAUCGACACCGCAGACGAGCCAUUGGACUCCCGUUUGGUGUCGUUCUUGAUCAACGACCCUGUGGGUGAUGGUGGCCAGUGGGACUUCAUCAUUAACUUGGUGGAGAAGUAUGGUGUCGUUCCCAACGAAGUGUUCCCCGAUAACGCCCAGGCGGUGUCCUCGGGAUAUUUGAACAGCUUCUUGACCCUGAAGUUGCGUGAGUACGCUUUGGUGUUGAGAAAGUUGGUGGCCAAGGGCGUGCCAAAGGCCGUGAUCUCCGAAGUCAAGGCUGCCUUUAACAAGGAGGCAUACAACAUUAUUUCCUUGAGUUUGGGCACCCCUCCCAAGCCUAACGACAAGUUCGUGUGGGAAUUCAAGGACAAGGACGACAAGUACAAGUUCUACGAGUCCACCCCCCUCGACUUCUACAAGAACCACGUGGAUUUCAAUGCCACUGAGUACUUCUCGGUCAUCAACGACCCUAGAAAUGCCUACGACAAGUUGUACACCGUUGAUCGUUUGAACAACGUCUAUGGCGGAAAGACUAUUGAGUACGUCAACACCGAGAUCUCCGAGGUCAAGAAGGUGGUGAUCAGACAACUUAAGGACAACGAGCCAGUGUUCUUUGGCUCUGAUGUUCUGAAGUUUUCUGACAGAGUCAAGGGCACUUUGGAUCAAGGAGCAUUCGACUUGAGUUUGGCAUUCAACACCCACGCCAAGGCCGACAAGGCCGACAGAAUUAGAACAGGCUCCUCGGUGCCCAACCAUGCCAUGGUUAUCACUGGUGUGCACAUUGAUCCGUUGACAAACGAACCUGUGAGAUGGAAGAUCGAGAAUUCCUGGGGUGAUGUCGGUGACCAUGGUUACUUUGUUAUGUCUGAUGACUGGUUCACAGAAUUCGUUUUCCAAAUCGUCACCAAGAAGAAGUACGUCGAGAAGAAGACCUACGAGGUGUACAAGGCCAAACAAUUCACCGUUUUGCCAUUCUAUGACCCUCUUGGAGCUUUGGCUUAAGUAGAUAAUAACAUGUGAAAUGCGAGAAAUUUUGUAAGGGUGUUUGAGCCCUGGGAAUAUCCGGAGUAUUAAAUCGGAGCACCAUACUC